GGAGCGUCUGCAAAGUCACCAAGGUACAGCGUGCCAAUGUCAUCUGGCCCGAGCAAGCCUAGUCUCCGCCUGAAGCGAGUGCCGGUAAUUCGCCUUUCCUCACCGGAGCAACCCUGUCAAGUUACCCAGCUAAAGCAAGCCUGCAAAGUUUCCUCACCGAGAAAGCCCAAGACCAAACGGGCGAAGAGGUUUCUUGAGAAGAGAGAUCCCAAAAUCGUUGAGAAUAACAAGAAUGCCAUGCUUAUAAAAGGAGGAAAUACCAGUGAAACUGUGACUCAGGCUUUGAAAGAUAUUUAUUGUUUAAAGAAGCCAAAUGCUGUUCUAUAUAAGAAAAAAAAUGUUACUCGGCCAUUUGAAGAUCAGACGUCAUUGGAAUUUUUCUCAAAGAAGUCUGAUUGUUCUUUGUUUAUCUUUGGUUCUCACAAUAAGAAACGACCACACAAUUUGAUAAUAGGCCGUAUGUUUGAUUACCACGUUUUAGAUAUGAUUGAGCUUGGAAUUGAAAAGUUUCGUGGUUUGCAUGAUUUUAAGAAUAGCAAGUCAGCAGAAGGUUCCAAACCCAUGUUAGUGUUUGCAGGAGAUUCAUUUGAAUUGGAUAAUGAUCAUAAAAGACUGAAGAACCUCCUUAUUGAUUUCUUUCGAGGACCCGCGGUGCCAAGCGUUCGUUUAGGUGGCCUGGAAGUUGUUCUGCAUUUCACAGCUUUUGCAGGAAAGAUCUUCAUGCGAAGCUAUAAGGUGCUGCUGAAGAAAUCUGGUUGCAGUACGCCAAGGAUAGAGCUGGAAGAAAUGGGACCCGCCUUUGACUUUGUGCUCAGGAGAACCCACUUGGCAUCUGAUGACCUCUACAAAAAUGCCCUUAAACAACCAAAAGCCCUUAAGGCAAAGAAGAAGAAGAAUAUUUCACGGAAUGUUUUUGGAACAACGUAUGGCCGAAUCCACAUGGAGAAGCAAGACCUGAGCAAGCUACAGACCAGGAAAAUGAAAGGGCUGAAGAGAAAAAGGGAGAAGAAGGUGGCCGAUGUUGAGACAGAGAGCAAUCCCAAAAACGCAAGAGUAGAGUGAGAUGACUGCUGGUAAAGCAGAGAAUCCAGGAUACUCCAUACCUGUCCAGUGAUGAAAGAAACCCAAGUUUCACUUACAGACUUGCACAUAAAGACUUACUGUUGUAAACCUGUUUUUAUCUCGACAUCAAGAACUGGUGUUUGCUGUACUUCUUUUGGGGAAUGUCAAGUGUCAGUUUUCUAUAUGGUUUCCUUACACUUGUGGUUUGGAAGAGGUAUAAUUUAUAUCUGUUUAUUCAAGCCAGGAAUUGUUGAAUUGUCUUUUCUAAUGUUACUCACUACUUGCUUUGGAGAGGCAGAUAUUAAAUUCAGGUAGACAAUAAUAAUGUGAUACUGUUCAUUAUAAAGGAUAAUUGAAUAACUAUAAAUCAGUGCAAUAUGGAACAAAUAUGAAGUCCUCAAUCAUGUAGUUAUGUUUCAUUACAGCUACUUUUGAAGCAAAACUACUCUUGGGCUUUUGGGAAAAUGAAACAUUGGUUACAAGCAAAACUGACUCAUCACUUAGUAAGCCAUUUGGCCCAUUUGAGUUCUACUAUUUCAUAAGAACUUGCAUAGUCUGCCCAAAUUCCACAGGUGGAGCUUUUCCCUAUGUACCUUUGGGGGUGGGGGGAGAGUAGUUUAAUUGCUUCUAGUAAUAUUUGGUGUGCCAUAAUUCUCCGGUUGGAAAGUCAUUCAUCUGCCUUAUUCAUUAUUGUUCCAACACUGUUUAAUUUCAAACUUCCAACAUCUAUGGUCUCUCAUUCAUUGUUGAGAGAAACGUGCUUUGUCUUGGGUAUCCAUUACUUUCUAAACGCAAAUUAAAUGAGGACUUUUGACCAGCUUUUUGUAAUGAAGAAAUAAACUUAAUAUGUGAUAGAGAAGAAAAUGCUUUGAAUAUAU